AUGGGAACCCAGCAGGAAGUGAUCUCACUGCCUCAGAGAGCACUAAAACUGUUCACCUGCUUCACCUUAGCUCCACUGAUGUACACUGGGCUUUGUCCAUCUCUGUUCUGGUCACUUGGUGAGGAUGUAGUCCAUUUGAUCUCUAUGGAGAUGUCUCCAAACACAGUCUCCUCUGCCCUGUUGCUAUGGUCAUUGUGGUUCUUCCUGACUCCCAUCACCCAGACGACAGACUCUGCCCCCACAUCUGAAACUUCUCUGCUGGUCAAUACCACAUUGUUGUUUGACGGUGGCGCACCAGGCUACUACUUGCGGAACUGCAGCUGCCCUACGCCUGUGCGGGACUGUGACGAGGCUCUGGCCAACUCGCUGUGCAGAUGCCACACUGUUUUGCGCUCAGCUCUGCCCCUUGCUGGGCUCAGAGAUCCUGGACAACUCACUGUAUGGGUAAAGGAGCUCUGGGUCCUGGAGGAGUUGCUGAACAGGAGCAUGAUUGGCCAUUUACAGCUGUCUUUUUGUGGAGUAAAACCAAUGGAUAGUCAAUACCUUGCUUUGCUAGGUCUACAGACCCUCAGGAUCCACAGUUCAGUACCAGAAGCACCCUACCCCAAACAGGAAAUUACAAUCUUACCUGCAGGAGGGGUCGCAGUGGAGUUAGAGGCCCUCUCCUUUGACCUCUCUUCCUCCUUACACAUGACCAUCCUGGAUGUAGCAGUGCUCAAUGGGCUCUCUGCCCUGAAGGCAUAUAGUGUUGUGGGACCACCUGCUCCCACCCUCUCCCAGCACUUUCCCCACCUGGCCAUUCCCUUUGUUCUGCCAUCCUCUGCUACCCUCAAUGACUCUAUUGACCCCAAUGAACGGGCUACAGAGCCUCAGCAGAACCUGUUCAUUACAUUUGUCUACUAACAACAAGUUAUCAUAAAGGACACAGUCAAAUCUGCAGUACAACUGCCAACUGAUGCACAGGAAUAAGAUACAACACAGCUGGAUGUUUUUUGUUCUCCUUUUACAAAGAAAAAGUUGCACAUCUGAAAUAUUGUGGAAUGUAUUACUUUUUGUAUAACUGGCUGCUGUGCCUUCAUUCUGGCUUAAAUGAGGCUUUGAACUGUGUCUCAAGAAAGACCCAUAGCUUUGCUCUCCCUGCAGUUUCUUGAAGGAGACUAUUGAUAUCAUUUGUGCUACUCCUUUGCUGCUUUUUUUGCCAUCCCUGAAGGGAACUGCUGACAUAUUUCUGCACUCAUAACUAACACAAGACUGGGUAAAGCUCACACCAGCUAAAUUUCCAAGUCUUAUUACAGCAUAUUUUGGGUAUCAAAGUGUAGACACAGGUAACAUUGAUUUAUUAACCAGAGCUACAAUGAUCCUGAUUAUGAUACACAACUGAUCACAACUAAUCAAUGGGCCAAGACUUUACUAGUGCUACUUUUUUGUAAUUGGUGCACAUACAGACUUCAACUCCAUGUCCACAUGUUACAUACAUAUAUAUUAUCUGAUGAUCAUGUAAUAUCUAUACAAGGUGUUUUGCAAGGACAUACACAUUGUGAUUACAAAUGUUGGUACCACUUAAGGUACCCAAUAAAGUUUAAUAAGGAACCCUUUAUAAAGGGAUCAAAAAUAGUAACUGAUCUCUUUACAAAUGGUCAGCAAAUAAUUUACUAAUUCUUUAUAGCUCAUAGCGCCGUCACUUUUUCAAAAAGUCAAGUGCAAUAGAAUUCAUACAAACAAGUUAUUCAUUGAAUUAAUUUGAAUACAAUGCUUAUGGUGUAAUGCAUGAUUCUAAGAUAGAGUUUGAGCUGUAGUGUCACAUAGGCAUGUGAGGCCAGCAAUGUCCAGCAGUGAUCAGGGAGUCUUACAGUCUAACCCUUUAGAUGUAGUCUAUAUAUAUUUUAAUGUGGUGUCAUACAACUGCACUACGUGUACUGAUAUUGUGGUGGAAUUUUGGAUUUUAUAUUGUAGUCUAGUUCUGUCAUUAUUCUGAAAACCCACUGAAAGAUAGCAAAUGGGCCACAUAUACCAACGUAGAAAUUGUGAUAUCUGCAAGCUUCUGGUGAGGGUCCAGCAGCAUCAGGCAGGCCCUCAGAGUUGUUGAGAACAUAGAUUAAUCGGCAAACAUCUUAUUUUUGUUGGUAAUUUCAUUUUAUUCCCCCACAUUCCAACUAAACUGAUUUUCAAAUACAAGGUGACCAAGUAGGGGCCAUAAAUAAGAACAAGUUUUUGAUCACAAAAUUUUGAAAAAAAAAAAAUCUCUUGGGGUGGUAUAUAUUCUAUUUGUUAAUACUGUUGUUCUAAACGUUGGCAAUCCAACUUUUUCAGAAACACCGUGCAAGUGGCAAAAUAUAAUGAGAAAGUGUUAACAAAGUUAAGUAUUAAAGGUAAAGUUGGCACACUACAGCUUUGCAUCAAAGUUUCCAAUGAUCUGGAUGGGAGCUAAGAGCUUUUACAUUUAAACUUAUCUAGAGGACAAACACUACACAAGCUGUUGUCUGUUGGCCUGUCACCAAAACCUCCCUGUCUAGACAGACUGUGUUCGCACAUCUAUCUGCUACAUUAAUAUUCAAAACAAUCCACACCUGCUCCCAGGGAGGGAUGAGAUGUGAUGAGAUGUUCCACAUCCUGUUUCCAGCUGUUAAGUGGGUGUUAGCCAUUUAUCCUUCGUUCCCAUCCAGGUGUUGUCAGAUAUGGCAGCUCUUCAGGACAGCAUGGGCAUUGGAUAGGAUAUUUUUGACUAGAGUUUGGCAGAUCUGCAGACACUUGGAGAAUCUCUGUCAAGGAGCAUGGAUGCUAGGGGAGGAUGAUGAGAAUCCUGUCCCCAGCUUAAGAUCAAGUUGCUAGCUUAAUGGGAACCACCAGAAGCAUCCCAUUUGACCUCACUUUUCAUUGUCGGCCAGCUGCUAGCUAGCUAGAGUCUUCAAGGAGUCAGUGCUUACCCCAGACCAUUCAACACCUUACCACUGCCAGACAAAAAUCAAGGAUAUUUUUUAAAGGGAGAGAGGGGUCAUUAUGAUCUGUCAAAAUAUUACAGAAAAAUAAACUGUGUGGGAGAUAUAACACUUUUGAGACACGUGUAGAGGUUCACAAGUAAUUUUAUUUUAAAUUGAGCAUGUUGGAGCACAGAGCCUGAGGAACAAAACAUGUGUAACUGUCCAGAUAUUUAAGGUUUGAGCUACAUGGCACUGGCUCUCAACACUUUUUGGAGUUGGUUCCAUAUUACACUGAAGACUGUUAGAUGAAACCUUUGAAAAAGCUAAUGAGAAAACCUUGACUUAAGGUUGUUUGGCAUAUAGUAAUCGCAGUGUCAAAAAGGAACUUCCACUCUGGAGGCUUCUGAUGGCUUACUAAGACAAUUAAUGUUGUUUUUUUACUUUAAUUUGUCACCCAUCUUUGCACGGAGCAGACAUGACUACAUAACAGUGCAAUUUGGAGAUUCUUUAGACCAAACCAGAAUACAUUUAAAUAUUUAAGGGGCCAGUAGUGCCAGCUUUACUAAACUAGCAAACUAGUCUUUAAGGUGAAGAAUUCUAGUUGUGUUUUCUUUUGGUUAUGAAUAAAGCUGUUAGCUGGUUAAUACACCCCUGGAUUAAUCUGCAAAAAUGGGUGUCUACCCAUUUAGAUUAAAAUCAUUCUUAAAAAGUGGGUGUUUAGUGAUAUUUUUUUGGAUUAUGUAAUCUGCUCUUGUAACAGCAUUCCUAUGGCGAUAUUGCAACAUGUGCUAGGUCUUGUACUACACCUGCUGCAUGUUGAAAUACUGUACAGCACAGUCUUAAAGACUGCGGUACUGUGGGAAAGAGGAGUAAAAAAGGACAAAUUCCCGCUUCAGGGAUCAAUAGCGCAUCAUAAAAAAAACAAGAUGUACUGUGGCAGCUGACUGCAGUGAACACUGGCUGGAAUCAAUCCAGAGAAUCCUGAGUGGGCUCAGAGCUGGAGACACUAUUGUUGUCCGGGACAGAACUUUAUGCUGCUUUGUUGAGGAUAUUUUAAGAAGUUAAUUGUAGAAAAAAAUGUCUGUUGUUCAGACAUAAGGAUAACCUCCCAAGACAAAAAGAUAGAAGAAUGCAUAAGAAAAAAAAAAGAAGUUGCAGACAAGGACUGUGUCAGUCUGCUGUGGUGUGAGGGGAUGGAGAGGCGCAGUAGGCUCACUGUUAUGAACGCUACAUAAUGCCGCUGCGUUUUUCCAGCUGGCCUUAUUGAGUGCAGAUGGCCUAAUAAAACAAGUUGUUUUGAAACAGGUUAAAAUGGACGCCCAGUGAACAAGAAUCCCAGGGUUAGGAUCCUCUCUCAUUAGCCAACAAACCUCACUCUCUUUGGAUCAAAACUGACUCUCUGUAGAGUUGAAUGCAGUUAUUAACCAACUUCAAGCCAAGUUGGCAGGUUUCUGUGAGGGAAGAGGGGGAAGUGAAAGAGAAAUUUGCUCUUUCGGGUUGAUUUUGCAGUCACUUUAACCACAUAAGAAAUGGUGUAGAAGACAGUUUGAGGGAACUGAAUAUGUAACAACUCUUUUUGUCUGGUGUUAUGCUCUCUCUCUCUCAUUCUGGUUCCAGCUCAUAUCCUGUGAGAGACUUUGUUAAAUCUGUUCUCACAAACAGAAUCAUGGGCCAACACUUCUGUUUAGCAGAUCAUUUAAGGGUUGUCCUGGCCCUGUGUGUGUGUGCAUGUAUAUACAGGUUUGCAGGGGUGAGCACAUGGGUGUGUCUUUGUAUGUAUGUCUGUGCUUGCAUUUAUCUCCUGUUUGCCAGCAUCACAGUGAAUUUAUCACUCACACUCACAAUUUCAGUUCAUUUAAAUCAAAUGACCGGAUCUAUCACAGUUGGGCUAUAGUAGAUACAAUGUGUUUCAUGAGUUGUAUAUACUUCACAAAUGCAUUGAUUAUGUGAAACAGUAAGUCAAGUCAAAGUUGCAACUCACACUUACGUUAGUAAUGUUAGUUUGCAGCUAAAUAAAUGUAGGUUGCACAUUUAUAAUGUACAGUGCCAGAGAAAGUAUGUUAAUUUUUUUUUUACUUUUCAAAAAGAAAAACAACUAUGACUUAGCCAUCAAGUAUAGAUUUUUUAAUUUAUUCAAAGGAUCUUAAUAUACAUCCAAAAAGCUGGAAUGAGCUGUAUGAAAGCUGUAUGAUUUUUUAGAGAGUGGGAGAACAGAGUUCUUGCAGUACUUGCUCAGUCACUCCACACCCAAAAGAAGCUGGCUUGAAUUCAUUAGUAAUGCAGUGUAGGGACUUUGAACUAUGUUCAGUGCCUCUAGCUCACAUACUUUUAUGUUACUUUUUUUUUAGCUAAAACAUUUUUUGGCUGACUGAGUGACUGAAGAAGUAUCACCAACUUGUGCACCUAUAGGUGCAAUAAAAACUUUCCAACGGGUGCUAUGAAUCCCUCUAAAGCCACAGAUUGACAAACAUUCACUCUAAAAAUCAAGCUCUGCUGCUGAUAGCAGGAAAGUUAGUCCUGGCCAAAGCACAAGCCGACCUCUUGCUGUUACAGCUGCUACCCCCAACAAGCAUAGACGGAGAGGCUUUGACCCAUCUUAACUUAAUUGAACAUAAUUUUGUGCCAUUUAGACUGUGAUCAAACUCAAGAUAGCAGCUACAGGGAAAUAAUAAAAUAUAAUAAAAAGUAUUUAUGAUAACUGGAAAUAUUCAUUGCCAGCUAUAUACUGUACUGAGUUCUGUUAGCUUCUGUGACUCUUUCAUUCUCUAAAAUUUACCAUUGGUGAAGUGAAAUGUGUUCCUCCAUUGUCUAAAAUAAAUGAAUAUCCACUGCAGCAGUUGAUACAAGAAUUAAGAAGUUGAACUCACAGUAAAUGAUUUUCUUUUCACCUUAGGUUGAUACAUGUUGGCAGUUGUCUAUUUACUCAUCCAAAAGACACAUCAUAACAGAGAAUCAGGUCCGUACAUUGUCCAGAGUUGCCCUUUCAUACAUGUAGCACAAAACAGGAGAUUGUCUGUGUCAGAUGUAUUCUCACCUACGAGAAAUACUCAGUUUGGUUUAGGAAAGGAACCUAGGAAGAGCAUGCAGGAGGCAUGAAAGAAAUGUUAUCAACAAUGGAACACUGUAUAAACUUUAUACUAGAGAGCUGGUAGGGUAUAUUCUGUUUAAUGUCUGGUCCAACUGACAUUUGACAUCAGACAUUUGCAUUCUCACAUACAGUGCAUGUGCAGUGCAUGUGUGGAAGCAGCUUGAGUGUGAUAGACUGAGCAAAAGCACUUUUCUUUAAAAAAAAAAAAUUACACUUUUAUUUAUUGCCAACCACCUGGGACUUGAAAUUAGCCUUUGUGUUCAGCCCAGCUGUGGUGAUUUAAACUUAUUAUAAUAUAAGUUUAGCCCUAAUCUUUUCACUUGUUGAUAACAAUAGAGUUGACUGUGCUGGUAGAACUUUUUUAGUUUUGCGUAUACUUCUUCCUGCCUUGAGACUGGCAGGCAGGGCUGCAUCCUGGUACUGAAUGCACUUUCUUACUAUGUCUUUAACACAUGAAUAUGGAAACAGAAUGGUGACUGUAAUGUCUGGGCCUGGGAGUUUUUAAAAACACUCAUAACCCUUUUGGAAACAAGUCCAAAUUGUGGAUCUCUCUCUGUUGAAUGGAUACUGGCUGAAUUAGACUUCUGUGUAACUGCAAUGAGUGCCAUCUGGUUUAGUUAAUACAACCAGUAUAUGCCAAGUUAAUUUGCUCUGUAUAAAUAAAAUAGUUAGUACUGAAAGUUUUGAAGCUUUCUCAGUGUCUUCUGCACACCUUUUGGUUGCCUUCAAGCCAACAUUCACACCCUGUAAUCAGAACAGGACAAGACUGAGAUUUUUUAUCUUAACACUGGUGUAAAUUGCUCUUACCAAGAAUUUUGUGCAGCCAGGAAUCCACAUUUAGUCAUUACUAUCUAGCCAACAGGAUGAUUACACACCUCCACAUGCCACAUUUAAUGGUUUUCAGACAGAAACACUUCAGAACAGGCCAUGCAAUUGUGUGCUAAUGCGCCGAUCAGUGCACAUCACAGUCUUAAAAGUCUGGAACGUUCCACCACAAAAUGGGUGAAAAUUAGAUCAUCAGGUUUUUUAGGUUUGACAUCAUUCCCUUAUGUUAGAGCCUUGACUUAAUUUUCUUCUCUCUUGAUCUGCAUUAUAGCACCUUAACGUACUUGCAUCAGGGAAUGUAAUUAUUCAAAUGUAAAACAAAGAUUUGUAUGAUCAUGUUUUGCCCUUGGUUAUGUGCCUUUAGAUGAUUUGUACACAUUGCAGAUCUGCAUUUUUAUAACCUUUACCAUGUUCAGCAACUCAUGGGUGAAUCAUGUACUGGUUGAGGAACACAUUGUGUAUUUAGAAAUGGCUUGGCAGGUUUGAUUUGUAUAUAAUUUGGCUUAUUUAAGCAAAUUCCUGGAGCUUAUUUGUUUAUCAUGAAAAAGACGACGUGGAUUGUUUCUUUUGUCCACAAACUUCACAUCCUUCUGUAUAGAGUGAAAAAAUAAAAAGUUUUAAAAAUUG